CGGGAGGUACUUGCGCAGAUUGUCCAAGACAAGUUGGGAAAACCUUACAGGUGCGUACAAUUAAUACAAAUACUGAUAAUGCCGAGAAACUCAAACAGGCCUUGGAAGAUAUGAAGCCAGUUGCAGCAGCUGCCGGUAUGGGAACGGAUGUUACCAGUGCGCAAACAGAAGUGGACGGUAUUAUAAUGAAGUUUCAGCUGUGCACGAAGGCGAAGAACAAGGUAGUCGAGAACCUGGAAGCCAUUGAAGAUCUUGUCAAGAUCGAUGGACGACCUGCAGACGAAUUCAAGGACGAAACCAUCAAUAUCCUGGGAGACACGCAAGCGUCGCAGGACCUGCUAAAGAAGGCCUCCGCGUUACUUGAAGAACGCAAGCGCAGCCUAUCUGGCGUGGUGCAAGGCUACACUGACUACCUAGUCUACCAGAUCAAAGAGAACCUGGGAAAGUGCCAUCCAGCUUACACCAUGUACGCGUCGUCUCUAGUGGUCGCCUGCGAUGGCGUUGUCCACCCUUUCACGGGCUUCUGGUUCUGUGUAGCAACGUACCUUGCCAUCGGCAUUCCGGCGAUGUUCAUGGCCCUUUUCAUGUCCACGCUGUACUCAAGAAAGCCCAAGCCCAAGCCGAAGCUUCCACCUUCUGAGCCUGUGGAGCGCUUCACUCCUCCAGUAAUUUUGGACGCAUAUCCAAAGCCCAACUACAGCACGUCCACGGAAUCCGUGGCAGUGAAGCCUAGCAAGAAGACGAAGAAAAAGAAGCCACCGCCUUCAUCAAGUUCGUCAAGCUGCAGCUGCGUGUACACAGAUACGCCGACGCCAGAACCGGAGCCAGCAGCAAAGAAGAAAAAAGCUAUUAAUUACUACGAUCGCUCGCCGGACGACGACGAUUUCAAUAUAUAUAUCAAAGUAAAGAAGGCGCACGGACACGAAGAGAAACCAGAGUCUAAAGUCAAGGACCACGGAAAACGAGAGAUUGAAGUAAGUUCUAGUGGGGAGAUUUUCAUCCGGUACGAUGACGGGAGCAAAGUCGAGACGAAGAAAAGCCCGAAAGGCGAAAAAGAAAAGGACAAACAAGGAGACAAGGAAGAGCGCAAAGGGAAGUCUGGCAUCAAUGAAAAGGAAGCAGGUAUGCACGAAGACAAGCACCUCGACACGACAAAAGCAAGGGACCAGAAGGAACCCCCCGCAAAGAAAGAACUUUACGGGAGUCCGGCCACCGACGUGCACGAAGAUAAAGAAGGCAAAGCCGUGCGUAAGGAAUCGAAAGAUAAGAAAGGAAGCAGCGAAAAGAAAAAGGAAGACUUGCCAAAAGGCACAGGCGUUGGCGGCAAGAAAUCAAAGGAAGGGAAUGACAGUCCUGAGAAGAAGAACGGAGAAUCUGUCGCAGGCGUGCAUGGUGAAAAGGAUGCAAGAGUUGAAAUAAAAGAACAGGGACGGAUUGAAGGUUCUCCUAAAACAGAGCGAGCGCGCAAAGCCAGCUCAGCCGCGCCCGGAGAGAAAGUUCCCGAGCUUGGCGGAAAGAAAGCCAAGGAAUCGAAGGGCGAAAGUUCACCGAAGCGGAAAGAGGACACCCGCAAACACAGCUUCGACGCAUACGGCGAGAGAAGCGGGAAAGAAGGGAAGGACGGCCACGGGAAGAAGGGGACGCGAAGAUAUUCUUUGGGUGGGCACGAAAGCAAAGAUGAUCAGGCGGAUGGCAAAAAGCGGAAGGACAAUGCGGAAACUGCUGCGAAAGACAAGGAGCGCACGGAUGUAAAGGAACGGGGUGAAGGGGAAGACCCGAUCCAGUCUACGCAUAAGGACAAAGCACAGAAGAAAGCAAAAGCGGAGGAGGAAGAAGAAGAGCCGAAGAAGGCACGUGGUUCCCGUCGGAAAAAGUCAACCACCGACGUGCGAGCGCUACUCUACGAGCCUCCGCAGAGCGGAGUUGCAAGAGCCCUCCGCGCCGUAUCCCAGAGGGCACUGUCGGGUGGCCUGGGAUCCAGUGUGCUUCACAGCAUCACCAACAGUAGCGUGAACCUGGCCAGGAGUCUGUUCAGCCGCUACCAGACCGUGCGAGGCAACUCUGAGGACGAAGGCCCAUCUCAGCAGCCGGUUUCGCCUUGACCCUAGUGGUCAGCGUGCGUCAGUUUGUUAAAGGAACACGUGACCGACGCCGCCAGUUGUUUUAUUACGCUGCACCUGACUUGUCGGACUUUGUUGCUUCCUAUAUUCGUGAUAUAAGACACAAAAGGGAUAACCUUUCGCUUUACGAUCAAUCCUGGCUACAGGAGAACAGGUCAUUGAGUCCCUUUUUAUGUGCUGCCUAAUGCAUUUUUUUCCGAAAGACAAAGUAUUAUUUUAUUGCGAAUAGGUGCCAACGUGUUUCCUGCACUUGUUUACUUGUGUCUUAACAAAGCUAUACAUUAGUGCAUUCUGUCGAAACUAUUUGUCGCCUUAAAAUCUGCAGGUUCAUAAAAGACUAGAUUGCUUAUUUUAGUCGCAGUUUAUAUUGCAAUCAUCGCACCGCCAAAUUGUGAUAUCUUUUACAGUUCCUGUAUGAAAUGGCAAUAUCAUCACGGGACAUUUGGACAUUUCCAGCAAUAAAUGCCUCGUUCGGUCUAUAAAUUUUUCGUGUAACCGUCUCUGAGCAAAAUCGUAGCAGCAGCUGACUUCUAAAUCGGAAGUAUAUGAAAGAUACCUAACUUAUUUUUAUGCAACCAUCUUGUUUUUGCUUUUGCAUCACGUUACGGAUUAUAUGCUGAUUAUUGCGGCGUAGCUAUGCACGGCAGUGCUCCACACGAAAGGGUGCUGUUUUUCCCGCCUUUUGCUUAAAUGUUGAUUAAUCCCGCUUGAUCAACUCUAAAGCCCAAGGUGGACGUGCUGCUUUUUAAAAGAAAACCCUAUCGUACGCAAUGGUAAAUACAAAACAAAUCUGCCUGCCAAAUAGUGGCAGAAGCAGUCGUAUCCAAACCAUUACCACCAGCCUCUGAACAGUAAGAAAUUCGAGCGUUCGUUUCUAAAGUUGUAAACAUUGCUCCUAGUCUUUGUGCCUUGAAGCAGCAGCUUGCCUAGGCAGUGCGUGUGUAAUACUCCAUCCACACGGCACACAUUCGAUCAGGAUAUAUCCUGAUGGGAAUUUCAAACGCAAUUGGCUCGCUUACGCCACUUGCGCCAAGGAGCUAAUUGGUAUUGAGAAAUUUGUUUCCGGCCGUGUUCAUGGGUGAUCUCGCGUGACAGCGUUAUAAUAAGUGUCGUUCAGAAAUCUUGUUCUUCGGAUAACGUCAGAAAAGAAGUUAUGAAGGUUCUCUUCAUUCGAGAAACCUAUUAGGAAGUUUGUGUCCGCGUGUGCACACACAAGCUGCGCAGCCAUAGCAAAACACAGCCAUACACUGUAAGCAAGUGAAUGAAGUGAAAGGAAAACGCAAGUUAAAUUAAUUCUGAAUAUUUUAAAGUAAGAAAUACCGAUUCGAGGCUACUAUUUCGGCAGCGAAUAUUAUUUAUAUUUCAGUUACGCGGAUCUGUAAACACGUUCCUAUUUACGUAA